AUGGAUCCGCCCAUGACCCCGACAGCUGGCGGUGCAGUCUCCCGACCGCCUCGUCCCUCACAUUCAUCAAGCCCAAAGAAACACCCACAGCGCAAGGAUUACCCACCUUCUGCUGAUAACAGCGCUAGCUACCGCCCAAUGGGCGAUCGAGCCCCAGGGGGCCCGACAUCCGUCUCCGAGGCUACCACCGAGACCCGCUUCGAUUCCCCCGCUGAUAAUGCUGGGAAAACCCCCAAGUCCUCUAAACGCAAGAAGAACCGCAAUCGCAAACGCCGCAACCGCCACCAGUCCUUCAUACCACCUGAUCGUGAGGGUUCUCAAGCUAGUCCCGGGCCGAACUCGGGUGCUGGAGACGAUUCGAUGGAGGCCGAUCGGCCAACUUCGAGGGACACUCAGUCGUUCUUCAAGCUGGGACGCAAUUCGAGCAAUACAAGUUUGGAAAGCGAAGCGCUUUUGGAUCACCGCGACCAGCCUUCUAUGCGGCCCCGUCGUGACAGUCGCCCCGGUUCUUCAUUGCGCCCCGGUUCCCUACUGAAUACGAUAUUCCGGUCGAACGAUGGACAAUCCCGCAAUACCCCAAGAGCAGGACGAAGUCGUCAGUAUCAAGACGAAGAGAGUGAGGAGGAGGAUGCGAAUGACCGAACGCCUUUGAUGCGAUUGACUUCCAACCAUACCUCCAACCAUAAUCGCUAUGGAACAGAUAACCGCCAGGGUAUCUUCGCCUCUCGUGCUCGCCAACCCUCCGUCCAAACCGUCUCCUCUGGUUGCUCACCCAGAGACAACCGCAGCCCGCUCUAUUCCCCUGCUCUUGACCGAGACUAUGAUGUCAACAAUCCGCCAUCCAUCCCCGGGUCCCCAAAAAUGGGCCCAGAGAUGGGCUAUGAGGAUGCGGUUGUGACUGGGGCUGAUUGGGAUUUCACGCUGGCGCGGUCCUUAGAAAACCGCAGGGACUCACUGAACAUUUUGAACGAUACCCUGAUUGAUAUGGAUGGCAACGGCGUACAUCCGCAUUCAGCACCAUCUUCUUCCCCCGGAUCGCCACUUCUCUCCCCGCAUCAGGAUAUGCGACGGAGGCGAACUGUGGCUCUUCCUGCUGCUGAGGAUGUCUGUUUCCCUACCGAGACAAUCUCAGAGAUUGGAGACGAGGGACCAAGGCAGAUGGGCAAUGAAGGUGGGGAGCGCCGAAGGCGCAGACACCGGCGAUGGCCCGAUCUUUCUGCCCUGGAAGAAUGGAGCCGCGAGGAGAAGGAGGGACGCAAUGGAGAUUUCGGAGCCAAGAAGAUCAGCGAACCGAUGCUUAUUGAAGGUCGGCUACGUCCCCAGUACAAAACUUGGAAACGCGAAGAAGAUGAGGCACCUUAUAGGUUCACUUACUUCAACGAGGAGUUCCCGAGCACUAUUCAUGCCCAGACCAUAUCUGAGCUUGUGCAGCCUGGCAGCAGUUUCCGGGAUCUAUUCAUACCUGAACCCCCAGAGCUGGAAGAUUCGUCGGAUGAUUCAGAUACAGAGGAUGAGACGUUCAUGGACAACCCAAACAACCACCCACAUCUUAACAGCAAACCAGCUCCCCAACCAGAGUCACAAGUUCCAGGGCAAUCCCAAGGCCAGGGCCACCAAACAAACGUCAAGCACGCCACGCCGGCUCCGAAUGUCUCGAUUCCUGCCGUACGCGAUACUACUGAUCUUAUGUCCGGCACCGUUCCCCCCGUCCGAGGACCCUCCCGUUUAUCUGUAAUCAGUGAGGGGCGACCCGACUCCAAUCGUGAGCUGUCGCCCGCACAAUCCAACAACCAUUUAGAUACAGCUUCUCGACCCAAACCGAAACGGUACGGACCGCGACCCACCUUCUGGCUUGACGUCCUCUCUCCAACAGACGCAGAAAUGCGUACCAUUGCCAAAGCAUUUGGCAUCCACGCUCUGACAGCAGAGGAUAUCAUGAUGCAAGAAGCUCGAGAAAAAGUGGAGUUGUUCCGAAGCUACUAUUUCGUCCACUACCGCACGUUCGAACAGGACACCAACAGCGAGGAUUACCUCGAGCCUGUGAACAUGUACGUGGUUGUAUUCCGAGAAGGUGUAAUCUCCUUCCAUUUCUCUCAAACACCCCACCCGGCCAAUGUGCGGCGUCGCAUUCGCCAACUGAUGGAUUAUCUGAUUUUGAGCUCGGAUUGGAUCUCGUAUGCCUUGAUUGACGACAUCACUGAUGUCUUCGGGCCGCUGAUCCAAGCCAUCGAGGACGAAGUCGACGAGAUCGAUGAAAUGAUCAUGCAGAUGCACUCUUCCUCGUCAAGCAAGGAGGGCUCAUCUAAUGAUAGCGUGCUUCCAUCCUUCGCCCCAGGCGAAAUGCUUCGCCGAGUAGGAGAAUGUCGCAAAAAGGUCAUGGGAUUGUAUCGACUGCUUAGCAACAAAGCAGAUGUAGUCAAAGGCUUUGCCAAGCGUUGCAAUGAACAGUGGGAGGUGGCACCAAAGUCCGAGAUUGGUCUCUACUUGGGUGACAUCCAAGAUCACAUUAUGACCAUGACAGGCAACUUGACGCACUACGAAACAAUCCUCUCCCGUGCGCAUUCCAACUAUCUCGCACAGAUCAAUAUUCUCAUGAAUGAGCGACAGGAGCACACUGCCGACGUGUUAGGCAAGCUGACUGUCCUCGGUACAAUCGUGCUUCCGAUGAACAUCAUCUGCGGCAUGUGGGGAAUGAACGUCAAGGUACCUGGUCAGGACAUUGACAGCCUGACUUGGUUCUGGUGUAUUACUGCCGGACUAAUCGUAUUUGCGCUGGUCUCGGUCAUAAUUGCCAAGCGAGUCUACAAAAUUGUGUAG